CGCCAUCUAUCUAUGGCACACACACACACACACACACACGUACACGUCCCGACAAAAGGAGCCGCCAUUACCUACACCACCCAACAACUGCCCACCCACCUAAGUAGAGCCCAAUGUCCAGCCACACAUAAGCCCACUGCCAACACACCACUCGGCCGACUGCGCCACACUAGACACAAACAAACAAAAAAAAAGGUAAAACAAAAACUAAAGAAAAACACGAGGUGCGGGGCAG